CCUGACAUUCCGCAUGUCAUUAAAUAUUUUUGGCAACUUUUGAAUUUAUUUGAACAAUGAGGUAUUGUUCAACCGGAAACUAUGUUUUGUUUUUUCUUCGAUUUAAUUUCCGUUAAUUGUCAGAUCAUUAAAAUUGCAUGUCAAGUUGAGAAAAAUGAGCAUUUUCGACACCUUAAACCUUUUUACCUUUAAUUAAGGUUUUAAUGCCGCAAAAACUGCUCGCGAUAUUUGUGCUGUUUAUGGAGAGGGUACCAUAGCUGAAACAACUGCACGUAAUUGGUAUGCCAAGUUCAAAAUGGUAAUUUUGGCCUCAAAGACGUACCUCGUUCUGGCCGUCCAGUAGAUAUCGAUGAAGAGCGAUUAAACCAACUUUUGCAUACGUAAGGGAACUAGCAGAGAUAAUUGAAUGCUCUCACACUGCUGUUUCAUUUUUUCUGCAUUUUUAUCGCAAUUCACGAAGUGAAAAAACAAUCCGUCUCGUGGUCAACCAUCAUUUCUCUUUAUAAGACACCCCGUUUCGAGAUAUUCGCAUGUGAAAUCCCCCCGGCCCUCUAUGUUUGACAUAAGCCAUUAGUUUGAACUUAGCACAACUCACCCGACUUUUGACAUAUUUGUCGUAAGGAAUCGACUUGCGUUUAAUAGAAGGAGCCACUGUCGAAAAAAAUCGCUCCAUAAUAAUAUGAAAGUUGAAUCAGUAAAUUUGUUUCAUUUUUUUGGUGGAAAAGUGGUAGUUGUUGGUUCUUCAAAAGCCAGUGUUUAUGUAACGAGAAAUGGGAAAAUACUUGAAAACAAAUUUUUCGAAAUCCUUUUGGGAAAAUUAAAACUUUUACACAUUACAUUUGCCUCUAUCAUUGAAUAAUACAGAUUAAUUAUUCAAUGCCUCUAUAAAAGGAUACUGUCAUUUCGUUAGGUCUUUAAAACUUCAUACAUGUUUUUCAUAGUGUUUGUUUGCAAUUGCGUAUUGGAAUUAUGUCAUUUUUGGAAAUGAAAUCCCUGUAUAGCGGUCCUUAUGUAGUACACGUACGUUCGUAAUAUUCUUAAUCCCACAUUAGUUCAGUGGGUAUCUAGAGUGAAGGUUUCCCAUAAUCUUCAGUUAUUAAUUGAUUACUUUCUCAUGAUAAAAUUCUCAAUCGGUAUACCUACGCAAGCCAAUCUUUGCUAAUUGAAUUAUAAGUUUAAAUGCGAAUCCGAAAUCGAUAUCAAUUUUCUUUAUUAGGUAAACCAAUUACACUAUAACCAUAACUAUUCACUCAUCAGUUUGUAAAAGAGUGAGCUAAGUUCGCUAUCGUGUGCAAGUACACAAUGGGAAAAAAUAAAGGUUACUAUCCAAACUGCGAUGCAACCAUCUGGUUGCGCUCGUGCAAAAAGGAAAUAAUCAAGCCUAUUAAAGGAAAAGCUUCGGGAACGAUACCAUUUUGGAUAAAUGGUAGCUUAUAUCGAAAUGGUCCAGGUUUACUAGAAAUUGGUGACUGCAGGGUAGGCCACCUAUUUGAUGGAUUGGGGUUAUUGCACAAAUUUUCGAUUAAAAACGGAACGGUAACAUACCAGUGCCGUUUUUUGAGAUCAAAUACCUACAAAAGGAAUAUAAAAGCUAAUCGAAUUGUUGUGACCGAUUUUGGGACAAAAUCCGUGCCAGAUCCCUGCCAGACAAUAUUUCACAGAUGUUGCAGAAUUGCGUCUACGUUUAAAUGGGGAGGUGAAACAUCCGACAAUGCAAUGGUAUCAAUUUACCCUUUUGGAGAUGAACUAUACGCUUUAUCAGAAAUGCCUUACAUCCACAAAAUUAAUAAGAACAAUUUACAAACAGAAGGAAGAAUAGACUUGAAGGAAAAAAUGGGGGUCGUCUGUCACUCUUCACACCCUCACGUAAUGUCGAACGGAACAGUAUACUCUUUGGCUGUAACCGCAUCAGUAUUGGGCCCACAGCAUAAUAUUGUUUGUUUCCCAAACAAACCUAAAAAUCAUGUAAAUGACUACUCAAUUUGUUCAUUUAUGUGA